AUGCAGCAAAACCACAAACAGCUUCAAAAGUUGAAGCAACCACGAAACCAAGAACAGCAGCAAAAAGAACAAAUUCACUACAGCCAAGAAGGAUUGCUAGCAGCCGCGAUGGUGAGAACCACCGAUGCAAAAGUGGAAAUAACAGCCACAGCAAAAAAUACAUACCAUAGAUCAAUCAUAACACCAAAUUGGUUGGCAAAUACAACACACGACACCAACAGCAGCAACAAAAAUAGUCACACAUCUGCUGCUACCUUCAACCACAAGCAUUGCGUGCGAAAUCGGCACAGUAGGGCAGCGCAAGCAAACAACUCAUCUGCCACAAGAACAUUUCGAACAGACGCUACAGUCGUCACCACACAUUACCAGCGCAUGCGAAUGAUGCUUAAUAGCUGUCACUUGUUCGCCGGACGAUGUCCAAUGGCGCUGCUAAUCGCCAUCGUGCUGGCGAUUGAAUUUGUGACGCCAGUCAUAAUGGUGGACUUGUAUGAAAGUACGACGCCAAUGCAGCCAAGUAGCAAUCAUGGCAACAGUACACUGUACUCUGCCUCCGACGAGCACAGCAGCCAGAUGGCAUCAAUUAACACCAGCAAAUGGCAAUCAUUAGAUGCGACAAGCAAUAGCAGUUAUAGCUGGAGCAAUCAUAGUCAAAGUGGCCAAGGUAGCUACAACGGCAGUGACAGCGCGCGCAACAAUGGCGGCGAUUCGAUUUUCAUGCGUUUCGCGAGACGUUUCUCCACCGGCAACGAUUUAUGGGAUGACAUUAUACGCGAUUGUUAUAUUCAACCAACCUUUAGUUGCUUCCAGAAGAAUGUUUUUACCUAUUUGAAUGGUGCGCUUGACGCACACGACGUGAACGUGACGCAGCGACUGAAAUUCUAUCGCAAUCAAGUGGAUUAUGCGGAUAUGCAACAUGAACCAACGGAGGCGGCAGCGGCAAAGGAUGGCAGCUCGGACGAGCAAAGUUCUGUGCUGUCCGAUGACGAGCAUUUGCUCACCAACGAGAUUCCACAUGAGGAAGGCCGGGCAGCAACAGCUACCGACACUUCUGAGACCCCUAUCGAAGAAGUAACCAAUGCACUCUACAGCAAAAGCGUGAAAUUCGCUAUAACACACGAUUUGGAAGUCAAAUUGCCAGAAGUGAUGUUCGACGGUGCUACCUUUCGUAUUUCUCCGCGCUCAUUCGAAGGCAACGGCAUUAUUGCAAAACUAGAGUUGAUACCGAAACAGGAAGUGGAAGCGCGUUUGGCUGGAAAAAUUAUUAUGAAGAAAAUACAGAAAUUCUUGCGCAGCAAAUUAUUGCUUUCAUUCCUGGCACUCGUUCUCAUUAUAAAAAUCAUCAAAAUUAAAUUGUUCUGGCUGUUGCCGUUGGUGAUAGGUAUUGGCGCGGCCAAAAAGUUAUUGCUCAAAUUCCUGCUCUUCCUCUUCCCAGCGCUGUCGCAUCUUUUCAAAUUGUGCUCCUACUAUCAACAAACAUAUCAUUCGACCAAAUAUCAUCAUCACCAUCACCUAAUCAACCAUCAUCACACGGUUGUUCCCGCUUGGCAUGCGCCCGAACACCACUCACUACCGGAAAUCAUUUAUACCAAUCCACCAAAGGGCCACCCUUCGGCUUAUCUACAUGGUGCGCCGAUACAUGAAACCUAUGGUCCCUACUCGCUAGAGCAUAAUGAGGGUAAUUGGGAGAACUCCGGACCAGGGCUGGGCUCAGAUUAUAUUGGUGAAAUAAAUCGAGUGGCGCAAGUCGAUGAGAAUCCAAAUUAUUUCAAACCAAAUGCCAACAAUGAUGCGAAUGAGAUACUUGUUUGGGGUUUGGGCACAACACAACCAACAAUUUCUCAACUCCAACAACAACAGCAACAUAAGCAACAUCAGCAAAGGUAUCGGCCGGUAACACAGCAGCAACAGCAAUCACCCACACAACAACAGCAACAACAGCGACCGCCAUCACUUGUACAGCAACAAAAAAUGCAAUUACAACAGCAACAACAGCUAGUACAACAAAAACUGAAAACACAACAGAAACAACAACAAACACAUAACCUUCAGAAACCCCACGCCUCUAGUCAUAGUUUUAAUCCCUUUUUCAAUGGUGAAAAUAUUUCGAAACAAAGCAUAUUUGGUACAAAAUUCAAAAAUCCGUCACAAGCACAAUCUGCGCCAAAUCCGGUUUACGCACCACCACCACCGCCACCACCAUCGCAUCAACACCAGCAGCAGCCGUCAGCUGAGGCGCUAACCGCAGCCGCACAUAUAGCAGCUCAAUAUGAUCCGGCGCGCAAUAGUCUUGCACAGCAACAGCAAAAACAGGACCAACUUAAGCAGCAACAGUUGCAGCAAUUAUUACAACAACAAGAACAGCAACAAAUGUCGCCGGAGUUAGCCGCACAAAUAAAGGAGGCGCUACGCAUACAGGCCGAGCAGCGUAUAAUCUCUCAGCAGCAACAAAUACUUGAGAAGCAGCCUUUCGUACAAGAUGGACAGCCAAUCAUGCCAAAGAAUUAUGAUCCCUUCUACAGUCCGAUUCUAUUGAAAAUUGAAAAAAUCAUUGAGCAACUUGGUGUCACAGAUGAUCUCUGCAAGGAGCGGCUCAUCUGCAGCAUGUACAAGGAUCCGGAGCGUUAUAGUCCGCAUAGUAAUUUCGUGUCAGCUGAACUGAGUCGUGAUACAAGUGAAUUGCAACCCGUGUCGAAUCCAAAUGGUGCCGUUAUUCGUUUCUACCGUUUCAUACAAGCAGCUCGUGAUGGUCAGGAUCAAAGGGAUUGUUUACGCCUGUAUCCGCAAUGCAGCAUCAAUACGGAAUGAGUAGCUUUUGGUGGCGAAUCGGGCAUGUGAAUGGCACAAAAUCAAUCAUUUCGCAUAGAAGAAUGAAAGGUGUUGGCCUUUGUAGCGAGCGCCCAAAUAUUACUUAGUAGCAUUUCAGGCGCCAAAAAACAACAUCAACAAACAACAAAAAUACCAAAACUUUAAAUUGACUAACUGCCAGUGUUCCGCGUGCUACAAAAACAGCGUAAACAGCCAAUACGGUUUGCUACCCGGCAGCAUUGAAUAGUCUAUGGAUUUUCAAUUUGAUAGUCUUUUGUUUACUACUUUUGCUUUUGUAAAUAGGAUUAGUGCGUAAGUUGAUUAUUUUUUUAUACAUUUAGGUAUUUUACGAUUAGGCAUAAAUAUUCAUUUACUUUGAAGUUGUUUCGUAUUGUUUUGGAAAACUAUACAGUUUUCAUUUUGUUUUGUCUUGUUGCUGUAAAGAAAUUAAUUUUCAAUAUUGCUUUCAUGUACUUAUUUUCGAAACUCGAGCGCCCGUAAGUAUGCAACGAUAAAUAAUUACAUAAUCAUGCCGUAAUAGCGUUCAAGUUCUAAUUAUUUUGCAUUACUUUAGAGUUUGCAUACUUCCCGGCACUCGAGUAAGCGUCUGCAGUGAAAGCAAUUUCUGAGAAGAAUAGUUGUAAAUUGCACUUUGGAAAAACUUAACUGGUUGGCAGCCAAUUUGCAUUAAGCGGAUUAAAUGUUCAUGGAACUUGAUGCACCUUUUUGUGUUAAAGUUUGUAACUGAAGUACCAACCACUUCAAUAGUCAGUGGAGGUUGCGCGAUUAGUUCGAAU